AUGGCGAUACAGUUUACUGGUUCUAAACAUCGAUUUUCUACGACAGCUCUGGAGGUCUCCAACUGGUAUAACUCGAAUACAAACUUCUGUGGGGGCCAUUACACGGGAUACGGCCAUACCUUUUUCAAGUUGAAGUCCACCAUAUUUGACCCAAAGAAAAACGUUUUCACAAUACCGUGUAACGAAUGGAUGUUUUUACAUAGACCGUAUACGUACUGGUUUAAUGGAAAAUAUGCACCGGCGAGGUAUUCUAAAUCUUUGACCUUCAAUAAAGGUCACGACCUACGUAAUAUUUUAAAAGAUGAGAAUAUUACAAUAGUUGUCUACAGAGAAUAUCCGCAUAAUUUCUAUCACGCCAUGACACAGUGGUACAAUAUUUUCGUACUGUCAAAUCUUUUUAGCUUCAGCAUGAAGAAAGUUAAUAUUCUCUUAUUGGACACCGGCCCAGUGGUUCACAUUGAUGAACAAUGGAAGUUACUGUUUCAACAAGUGACAAAAGCGGAUGAAAUUGACACUCCAAUUUAUUUUAAGGAGGCCAUAUUUAAUAUACCUGGGCAUGAAAGCCCAAUGUUCUAUUUUGAUCUCGUAAAACUACCAUUCAUAGAUGACUUUUCAAAUUAUGUUUUGCAAACUUUUGGUAUAAAAGGCAAGCAGUCUUUUAACUGUAAAAAAAUAACAAUAACUUUAGUUCUUAGGCGGGACUAUUACAUGCAUCCCGGCGUAAGUUCCGAGAAAAGAAUCGCAGAACGGAAGUUCAAAAAUGAGGACGAGUUACUUGCCACGCUCAGAUCAGAAUUUCCGGGUCAUACGGUGCAAACGCUAAUUGCGGAGGAAAUGUCACUUCCGAAACAGUUGUCCUUGACCUCAAAUACAGACAUUUUGAUUGGAAUGCAUGGUUGUGUUCUUACACAAAUCUUAUUCUUGCCAAAACACGCCAUGGUGUUGGAAAUAUAUCCUGUCUUUUGGAAUGUUCAGAGAUUCUUUAGUUCUAUAUCCAGAUGGAGAAAUAUCAACCAUGAAUACUGGCAGAAUAGUGAGAACAGAUAUGAAUUUGCCAACCAUUAUACUUAUGUUCCAACAAGUGUUAUAGAUGAAUUUGCCCAACGUGCUCGAAAACACUUUGUAUGUAAUUAA